AUGAAUGACGAUGCGGCGUUUGAUUCGGAAUUUAAAGUUAAAGAAGAUGCAUUAAAUAAGAAGAGAAGUGAUGCUUCACUUUCGCGAGCUGCAAUUAUGAAAGAUGAAGAUAAAAAAAACCUUACUUUAGAAAUGAUUAAGGGGUAUUUCGAUGAAUAUGUUAAACAUCUUGAACUAGAAGAUACUGAGAAAAAUGAUUUGGCGGAAAUUGAAAAGGCAAUUGCUGAACCAGAUAAAUACAAAGAUGCUCCACAAACUCCUGUAGUAUCUGAAGCCGACUUGAAAGCAGCCUUUGGAAAUAUUGAUGAAGAUAGUGACAACAAAAGUUCUACGAAGACGGCUAUGAAAGACAAAGUAAAAAACAAGGAUACUGAUGAUGAGGAAAGAUUAGAUAUGACUAAUUAUGGUGCUACUGAAAAAAAUGGGGAACCUGAUGAAAAAGGUUCUGGGCACAAAUACUAUAAGAUUAAGGGAGAAAGCAAUGGUGGUAAUGGUGGUAAUGGUGGUGAUACAAAAGAAGAAGGUGUUUUGGCCCAUCUCAAAGCAAAUUGA